CAGCGCAGUGUCCAUGGUGGUCAGGUGACCAGCAGCAGCAGGCGGGCUCUCCUCAGCUUCUUCUUCGCUUUUGGCACCAAUGUCGAAGGUGUUUGAGCCUGGAAGAAAUGGACUCUGGCAAUGCUCGAAUUUGAUCAUUCAGAGAUCCGAUCCGUCGAGUCUGUGAAUGGCGCCAAAACAGGACCCUAAACCUAAAUUUCAAGAAGGUGAAAGAGUCCUGUGCUUUCAUGGGCCAUUGCUUUAUGAAGCUAAGUGCGUAAAGAUCAACAUAAAGGAUAAACUGAUCAAAUACUUUAUUCAUUACAGCGGAUGGAACAAAAACUGGGAUGAAUGGGUUCCUGAAAGCAGAGUUCUCAAAUAUGUGGACAGCAACCUUGCGAAACAAAAAGAGCUUCAAAAGGCCAAUCAGGACCAUUAUGUUGAGGGAAAGAUGAGGGGUUUAGCACCAACUAAGAAGAUUGCUGCUGUGCAGCAGAAAAAUGUUGAUCUGAAAGUGAAAAAGGCAAAGCAGAAGACCCCAGGGCCGGGUGAAGGCACCAGCAGCGGAGAAACGCUGCAGGGACCACGGAAGAAGAGGGCUCGGGUUGAUCCCACUGUGGAGAGUGAGGAAAUGUUCACCAACCGUGUGGAGGUGAAAGUGAAGAUCCCUGAAGAGCUGAAACCCUGGCUAGUGGAUGAUUGGGACCUCAUCACACGACAAAAACAGUUAUUUCAUCUGCCUGCUAAGAAGAAUAUAGAGACUGUCUUGGAGGACUAUGCAAACUACAAGAAAUCAAAAGGAAACUCGGACAAUAAGGAGUAUGCGGUAAAUGAAGUGGUUGCAGGGAUACGGGAGUACUUUAACGUCAUGCUGGGAACACAGCUGCUUUACAAGUUUGAGAGGCCGCAGUACGCCGAGAUCCUGGCUGAACACCCAGACAUGCCCAUGUCUCAGGUGUAUGGAGCCCCGCACUUACUGCGUCUGUUUGUGCGAAUUGGUUCCAUGCUGGCCUACACUCCACUGGACGAGAAGAGUCUGGCUUUGCUCCUCAGUUACCUCCAAGAUUUCCUGAAGUAUCUGGUAAAGAAUUUGUCCACCCUGUUGAGUGCCACUGAUUACGAGGUCGCUCCCCCAGAGUACCACCGCAAGGCUGUGUGAAAGCUCUCAGUGCUCCUGAAGAGACUCCUCUAUCACACCACAUGUAAAAUAACCAUUACUACCUUUUGAGGUCACGCUUGGAUGAGAUUUUUUUUUUCUUGAACUGAAUUGCCUCCUCCAAAAAGGUCUCGGAAGUUUGUCGCACUGAGGAAGUAGAAAAGAAACUUAAGAAACCUCUUUUUGUUAAUAAAAUGUCUCCUCUUUUCUC